AUGCAUUCCCUCUACGGUUUAUCCCCUAGCGCUCCAGCCUACAUCAACAAGGCUUUCGUUCUGGUGAUCGUCGCCGCGUCUCUUGUUGUAAACUCCUCUGGUCGUCUGUUGCCUUUCGGCGAUACGGACGAUGAUGAUGCUGGUAGUCGCGUUCGGCGAGCGGACGGAAACAACAUGACCACGGAAUUGCCGUUGAAUCUCGGUGACGGCACGACGGCCAACUUGAAAGCAAUCUUUCUCGGUCGUUGUUAUGAUUGCGAAUAUUGCUCUGAAGAACAGGCAGGGUUGUACAACUGUUCGGGUCUGUGGGACGCCUUUAGUUCGAGUUUUUCCUACCAGAAGCCUUGUAACAGCGUGCCAGAGGACUUCGAUGACUAUGCUAACAUGGCCUUCGUUCCCCUCACCAAUGACCAGACACUAUUCUAUUCAGGAAUGUAUAGCAUGGCAAUGGCGAUCGGAAGACAGUCCUCCGAUUUCACCAACAUCGAACUCACGAUGCUUGGCGGGCUUGUAAACGGCAUUACCUUCUGCGGCAUGGUCGACGCUCCGGGGAUAAAUUACGACGCUUGUCCGAUGUUCGGCAGUUGUGAAAACGAUACGCAAGAUGCAUUUUGGAAAAAGUCGUCACAACGUUUUGCUGGCCAAGCGAGUGGUGACGUCACUGUUAUACUGGAUGGGAGCAGAGCAGACGGGGCGUAUCGACCAACAAGCUUCUUUCGGCUCCAGGAGGUGGCCAAUCUUGACCCAGCUAAAGUGACGUCACUGACGGCUUACGUUGUCCAUAACCUUAACGGAGACGUGACAGAAAAAUGUGUUACAGGUUCAUUGUUGGAAUUACAAGAAGACAUAACGGCAAAGAGAAUUACAUUUGAAUGCAUUGACGAUCCAAGCAUCACUCGCCACGUUCAAUGCAUCCAGGAUCCAGGACACGAUACAUGUCGACCCUACACAGACUCGGCCCCCGCGACUUUCGGCUCGCCAACGGUUAUAAUCCUAACUUUUCAACUUAUAUCAUUCCUUUCUGUUAAUUGAUAAGUGAAAAUAGGGGAGGGGUGAAUGAUAAUUUAGAGUGUUUUUAGGGCUGAAUCU